UCGAAUCGCCGCAUUUUGACAACAAUGUCAAGUUCGUUGGGCUGACGAUUAUAAACACUCCAGCAGGUACGGGACUUUCUGCUUGUGAUCGAUUCUCACUGAAAACAUGGAUAACGGAAUUUCACCAGCCAAGAAACAAAAAGUGGCAAAUGGCAGCAACAACGAUGCCGACAAAAUUAAGAGCGGCUACCUUAAAACCCAAAAAGAUCCGGAGAAUAGCGUCAGUCUCCUCUUCUCCCUCCCCGAGAAAGUCGGAGCGCUGGCCCAGGUGCUCAAAAUCUUUGAGAGCCAUCAAGUGAAUCUGCACCACAUUGAAUCCAGACCAUCAAAGCAGAGCAGUACCGAGUUUGAAUUUUUCGUGAGCUGUGACAACAAGACUGGCGGCCUACAGGAAGCACUGGACGCUCUCAAGAAGAUCGCCAAGAGCUUCCGGCUUCUGUCGAGGAAGACCGGGGAAUACCCCGCUGAUGGUACCGUGAAAACUGAUGAAGUCCCCUGGUUUCCAAAGAAGAUUUGUGAGCUUGACCGGUUUGCCAAUCAAAUUCUCAGCUAUGGAAAUGAACUGGAAUCCGAUCACCCGGGUUUUACGGAUGCUGUGUACAGGGCAAGACGAAAGGAACUAGCGGAUAUUGCAUUCUUUUACAAGCAUGGGCAAGAGAUCCCCAGGGUUAAAUACACGGAGGACGAAAUCAGCACAUGGAGAACAAUCUACAAUGAACUGACCAAACUGUAUCCUACUCACGCCUGUAAACAAUUCAACCACGUGUUUCCACUUCUGCAAGACAACUGUGGUUAUAACCCAGACAACAUCCCACAACUGGAGGAUGUCUCCAGGUUUCUGCAAGAUUGUACUGGAUUCAGAAUUAGGCCUGUGGCCGGGUUGUUGUCGUCACGUGACUUUUUAUCAGGAUUGGCUUUCCGCACGUUUCAUUCAACACAGUACAUACGUCACAGUUCGAGGCCAAUGUACACACCCGAACCCGAUGUUUGUCACGAGUUAUUGGGUCACGUGCCUCUCUUUGCUGACCCUGCGUUUGCCCAGUUUUCACAGGAAAUUGGGUUGGCUAGUCUUGGGGCACCGGAUGAAUACAUCAAAAAAUUAGCUACGUGUUACUGGUUCACCGUUGAAUUUGGGAUGUGCAAACAAGAAAAUGAUCUCAAAGCAUACGGGGCUGGGUUGUUGUCUUCAUUUGGUGAAUUGCAGUAUUGCCUUACUGACGCCUCAGAGAAAAAGACCUUUGACCCUGCAGUAACAUGUGACCAAGAAUAUCCUAUCACAUCCUUCCAGCCUAUCUAUUUCGUGGCGGAUAGUUUUGAAAAAGCAAAGGAGAAAAUGAGAGAGUAUGCAAAAACCAUUCCUCGUCCGUUCAGCGUGCGGUACAACCCUUACACACAGAGUGUGGAGGUGAUUGAGAACAAGAACCAAAUCAUCAACCUCACACACGCCAUCAAAGGUGACCUGACUCUAUUGGAAGAUGCCCUGUCCAAAAUCGGAGGAAUUUAAUUUUCUGGAAUGGACAAUGUCUGCAUCGUGAAGUGAAUUUGUUUUUGUUAGCAUGUGUAAAUAGUGACGCUUGACACUUUAUCAGUAUUUUGGGUGUUUUGUUAACUCACUUGAUCAUCAUAUAAGUGCUAAAAACCUGACAUAGUAUAUUUCUAGUAUAUGAAUACAUCUGUAUAAAUAUGUACACUUGUGUCUUUUAGAUUUUGCAUCGAAACAGUUGAUGCAGCUAGAAAUAUACAAGGCUUAUAACUGGCGUUGGAUAAAACUAAUCUUCUUCGUCACUUGUACGCUUCUUUGUUAUAUGUUUGUCAAUAAAAAUAUUUUAUAUAUA